AUGAGCUCUAGUCGCCGUUCAAGCCGUCGUUCGAGCUCGAGCAAGCAGAUACCGGCUUGGAGGUCAUUGUCGCUAUCGAAGAAUAGCGCGUCCGCCGCUGUAUCGAAGGUUUUCGCCCAGCCGGAACACGGCAAGCCACUCGAGUCCGCAGCGUCGAAGCUGCCCGCUGCCAUGCUCGAUGAUGCAGCCAGUAUAACCAGCAGAAAGCGCGAGGACAGUGAGUCUUUGCACGACCUGAAGGACGAGGCAGACGUUAAGAGCGUGAGUGGUGAAACUGGACGGUCGGAGGGUACUCAGGAGCCUCGUGAAGCUGCUAGCGCGGUCGCUGAACAAUAUUUAGCGAUGAACGAAGUACCCCUCACCGAGUCUCCAUCGUCUACCUCGCCCGUACCCACGUCAGGGCCAUCCCAGUCAUCAGCUGCCAUUCCGUUCCCUUCCACAAGCCAAACGGAGAGCUCUGCGAGCUCACAGAAAUCGACUGGCGGCUCGUCAUGGUUCUCUUCACUUUCCAGAGCUCGCGGCAAGACCAAGUCUUUCUCCUCAGCGACAGGCAAGACCUCGGAGGAGCAGUCGUCGAAGCCAGGAGAAAUCAGCGCUCCCCCGGCUCCGAUCAUUGAAAUCCAGCCAUCCACUCCAGGGUUUGAAACCCCUCCUGCUGACCCGCAGUCGGCUGAACCCUUGAACCCAUGCGAGAGUGCACCCGAAGCCACGCCCACGGCUACUGCUGCGGAACCCGCACCCGCUUCGCCCGAAGCCAAGCCAAGUGAACCCCAGCCUAUCCCGGGCCAUCGCAGCAAGCGAUCAUGGUUCGCCUCCCCGACCGGCUCGCCGCAUCGCACGCAACCAUCCUCCCCGCUCAGCCGCGCGCACUCACCCCACCCGCCCACGAGCUCCCCCAAGUCCCCGAGGCCGCGGCCGCGCGUGCAGCAGAUGCCGUCCAUGCCGUCGUCGAUUGACGAGGAGGUGCCGCAGAUUAUCAGGCCGUCCCCGCCUGACGAGCCCCCGCACGCGGUCGUGCAGCACACGUGCGAGCCGGCGCCGAAGAUAUCGUCUUUGAAUCCGGCGACGAGCAGGUUCACGCUGACGCUGCCGCUGCUGGGGAGGCCGAAGGUGCCGCUGGAGAAAGCGGUCGCUGCUGCCCAAGCGGAGGACGUGAGGGAUCCCGGCCCGCCCAAGGAGCCGCUGGAAACGCCGAUAGAAGAAGCGAUCAAGGUUGCUCAAGAGCAGGACCUUCGGCAAGAGAUUGCAGUCGAAGCCAGCGGCUCAAAUUCCAACGGAAAUGCUGAACUACGGGAGGGUGAAAGCGCCGUGGUGAAGGCUACCUCAACCACGAACACUUCUAUGACAGUCGAGAAGACCGCCGUUGACACCAUGACUCGUUACUCGUCUUCCUCCUCUUGGUGGGACUACGUCGGCUGGGGAUACACUACGUCGAGUCAGGCAUCUCAGUCGGGCAGUGCAACGCCUCAAGAUGCCAUCGCCAACACUUCCUCCGGUGCACCAUCUGCGCAACCUCAUAGUCCGUCAACUUCCACCGCGGGUUCUACAGAAAGUGCUGCAGAAUCUGACGAACACGACACCGUGAAGGAUCCUGCGCCACCAAAGGCGUCCUCGAUAUUCUCCGCUGAUACGGCGCGCAGCCAAGGGUCUGCUUGGUAUUCACCCUGGAGUUGGUACUACACGCCUUCUCGGAGCAUGUCUGAGGAGCAGCCAUCUGCUCAUCAGGGCUCCGAGAAGACGGAAUCGGAACGCGUCAAAGAAGAGGCUUUGAGACGUUCUGAAUCGGAGCCUCCCGUGAAAGGAGAAAAGACUGCGUCUCCAGACUCGCAACGACGUCACGCAUCGGAUAUCAAUCCGAUAGAGUCGAGCAUCACGAUAAAUCGCUCUGGGUGGAUCUCCUUCCUAGCGUCAAGAGCCUUGAUGAUGAAGACAGUGGCAGGAUCUGAUGCUGAGGUCCGAAGGGACGAGAACGGCGUGGAGGUGAUGGAUAUCGACGAGGAAGAAACGCCGAAAGAACAGUCGACCCAGCAGGCGGUUGUCGCCACGCGCCAGCAGGCAGCAGCAAAGGUACCACCAUCACCGACUCCCAGCACCCCGGCCAGCAAGAGCGGACCGGAGCCUAAGAAGUCCGGCCCCCCUGCUCCGCCGAUCACUGAAUCGGAUUCCAUCAAGCGGGAGACGACAAGGGUGGGAAGGGACAAGCACCGCAAGGACAAGCAACCUCGGAAGGCGUCUUCGGCGUCCCCUGCAUCAUCGAAGAAAUCGGGGGCUACUACGCCGACGUCACCCCGCGCACAGCCUCCGAAUCUCGUAUUGCCCACAUGGGCCGAUACUUUCCAUGUCCCUCCGAGAUCGGUGGUGCCGCCUCCGCCACCGUCGACGCUGAGGAAGACCAUGCGCCUCGUCAGCGCUGUGGGGGGAGCCUUGUUCGCGCAGGAGGACCAGAAGGGAAAGGGCAAGGGCAAGGCUCGUGACCACGAGGAGUUCCUACAUUACGGGAAAGAGCUCCCGCGGGCAUGGGACGUACUUGGUGAAAGGCUUGAACCGGAUGUACUAAGAGGGUGCAAGAAAGUGGUGGUGAUUGGAGUACACGGAUGGUUUCCUGGUGCUGUGAUGAGGACGGUACUCGGCGAGCCUACUGGAACCAGCAGCAAGUUUGUGAAUAUGAUGUGUCAAGCUCUAGAAGACUUUGAGGAAAGACAUCAGGUUAGAUUAGAGAAGGUCACACAGAUUCCAUUAGAAGGAGAAGGAACGAUAGGGAAACGGGUAGAAAGACUGUACAAUACCCUUACAGGGAAUAAGGAAUGGAUGGACGAUAUUCACUCCGCUGAUGCUAUCUUCGUUGCGACUCAUUCCCAGGGUUCCAUAGUAUCAACCCACGUCCUUGACCGUCUCAUUCGCGAUGGUCACAUUAGGACCCGGAGAAGCGUCGACCUUACCAAUGCAAGCACGGCCGUGAAUCCUGGUGGUGCGGUGCCUGCGGUAGGAUUACCCCCGCAGCGAGUAUGCUGCCUCGCUCUCUGUGGGAUUCACUUGGGGCCGCUUCGGUACCUUAGCAGCAGUUCAUUGCUGCAACCGUAUAUCCAGUACUUCGAGUCUGCUGCUGCAAAGGAGCUAUUUGAUUUCCAAGAUACGGAAAGUCAGGUAUCCAAAGACUACGUGAAGGCGCUGCAAAAUGUGACAAAUCAUGGAACCAAGAUGGUCUACAUUGCAUCCAUGAACGAUCAGGUGGUCCCAGUUUAUUCAGGCCUCUUCACGUCGGCGUCGCAUCCUCUUAUUCUUCGAGCCUUAUAUAUUGAUGGUGAUGCAUACCAUUCUUCUGAUUUCAUGUCAAAUCUGCUUGUUCUUUUAAUAAGAAUCCUGAACUCUGGACUUUCGGAUAGUGGACUAUUGGUCCAUCUUUCGGAAGCUACUGCAGGGUCCCUAAGUGGAGUGGGACAUUCUACGGCAUACGAAGAACUACGGACCUUCAGUCUUGCCGUCGAUUAUCUAUUCUUGACUAAUGAUGGUCUUGACGAUCAUCCAGAACUUGAGAUCAAGCCUUUCAAUGCCAAUAGCGAGCUUAAUGACUACGAGAUACCUUGGGCUCUUCGCGACCUCAUAGCAGACGAGCGCGUCGCGUACUUCUUCUGGAAGGAGUUCUCACAGCUCCGAGAUGCUUUCGACGAUUGGCAUCCCAAAACCACCAUUUUGAGGGAUAUCAAGCGCAAGCUACAACCGAUACAACGUCUGCCUUCAGCUUCGAAUCACACUUCUGCCAGCAAGUUAUGAACAGCUCAUGUUUUGCGAGACGCCCGAGAUCAUCACAAUCCACGGGGCAUCAUUCACCAUGGACAGCAAUUUGGUGUAUACUCAUUCAUGUAUUAUAUCGCUCUGUUGUAUACAUAGGCAUUUAUCAAAAAGGUAUUGCAUCGAUUGACGACCAGCUAGGAGUGAGAGCGCACAAAGUAUCGCAAGGCGUUUCCUUGUAUCAUCCUCGGUCUGAUCCUCUAAUCCAGCUCACAGCACAGCCAUUCGUUCCGAAUCACGUCCGCCAAAGUCUCCCAUCUCCUAGACACCGGUACAAUUGAAUUACGUUGCAUGUGGGACCCUGCUUGCUCAGCGAUACUCAGCCCCACAGUCGCCUAUACUGGUAAUCAUUCGUCGGCCGUUCGAGCGCUCUAACACUGCUUCGAUAGCAGCAUUAUCAUCCGGUGAUAAUUUGAAGCCAAAUGCCUUCUGAUUAUCGCGCGUGUGUUCGGACACUCCGAGACGAGAGC